CACAAAUUUGGCCACAUUGCUAUGUUUACAUCAAAACGGCGAAAUCUUAAGAAUAUGAAACAUCAAUAUCUCCAAUAAUGAUCUAAUACGAUAGAAGUUAGUAGAAAACCGACUGAAAACAGAAAAACAUAUGGGGAACGCUUUAAUUGAUUACUUUAAUGUCCAGUCCUCUCAGUUAAUAGAAUACUCGCGAUGUGGGGACAGCAACUGGUCCACAGUUCCAACAGUGCUGUGGGCGGUAGGCUCCGCUGCGUUCGCGCAUCGCAUCGUCUCCUCACUCUUCAAGCGGUACAUGUUUAGGAGAAUCCCGCUCUGGGAAAUUAUACUUCAGCACCUAAUAUUCAUAUGGAUCAUCAUUUACAGUCUUCACUUUUGGGCGAUUCUUGUGAAAAUUACAAAACUUCUUGUUCAGUUCCUUUACAGUGAAAGAGAAGGCAGGGUUGUCCACGAGGAGACGGAGGGCAGCAAGCUGGUGCAGCAGUGUAUAAUCUGGUUCUGCGGCGCGUGUCCGCUGGCAUUCUACGUGCACACUCGGCCGCGCCGUACUCCUCAGCCUAUGAUGAUAUGGAUUACAACGAACCCAUGGCACAGGCGUGAAAUGGGUCCUUACGGGUACUACCUCAACCGGCCACUUCCGUCAAUAGAAAGCUCCACCAUAUCGCUGCGGGAACAGGCCAAGGCGCUCCGGAAAGCAUACAGCGACUCCAGAAUGCUCGUCAACGAACAGCCUAAAAAGCGAAGAAUGCCCAAAUCUAUUUAAAAAUUUGAGAUUAAUACACUUUCUUAAAAUUA